CUUCAAUCUCGUUGCCAGUGCGAAAAAAAACAAACAGAGAAGACUAUUCCGCUGACAUUCAUGGAUGUUUCACUGUGAACCACAGCCCGGACACCUUCGGGGGUCUCCCGCUUUCACUAUUCGGUCUGACUCCAUGGCUUAAUGUGACUGUUGACAGAAUCUAGCCCUGACGUCUCUGUCCUCCGUCCCCUGCUGUCGUCUGCUGCUAAAGGUAGCAGCGAGACGUAACCUAACCCACCCUGUUGCUUGCCUGGGACCCCCCUCCCCGACCAUCCCCCACCCUCUCCAGAGGCAGGAUGGAGCCUCAGGCUUCCCAGGGGCUGCUAGUAGCAGAGGGGGAUUGUGGGAUGACGAGUCUGCUGGUGCCCAGUCCCCAGAGCGAGGCUGUGACCCAUGAGAUGGAGGAGCUGACGCUGCAGCCCACACAGAACCUACCUCCACUCAAUGAACGCAAAAACGUCCUGCAGUUGAGGCUUCAGCAGAGGCGAACCCGGGAGCAGCUGGUGGACCAGGGCAUCAUGCCUCCUCUGAAGAGCCCGGCAGCUUUCCAUGGGCAGAUUCGCAGCUUGGAGAGAGCCAGGACUGAGAAUUUCCUAAAGCACAAGAUCCGCAGUCGUCCAGAGAGAGCAGAGCUGGUCAGGAUGCACAUCCUGCAAGAAACUGGAGCAGAACCCUCACUACAGGCCACACAGAUGAGACUGAAGAGGGCCCGACUUGCCGACAACCUGAAUGAGAAGAUCGCCCAGAGACCCGGCCCCAUGGAGCUGGUGGAGAAGAACAUCCUGCCAGUGGAUUCAACCCUUAAAGAGGCCAUCAUCGGCCAAGUAACCUAUCCCAAGGUGUUGGAUGAGGACAGCAAUGAAGCUUUCUCACCUGAGCAACCAGCCAGUCAGGAGUCUCAGUGUUCUAUCCCCUCUCCCGCGGAGAGCAAAGCACCAGAGACGCCCUCUCCAGCCCCAGCCCCAGCCCCAGCCCCAGCACCAGUACUACCACCCACCACCAUGCUGCAGGCCUUCCCACUUACCACACAAGCCACUACAGACUUUGUCAAAUUGAUCUCUCCCAAUGAGUUCCCUGUGACCCGUCCGGCCAUCUCUCCCGCUCAGCCAGUCACUACAGCUCCUCCCUCAAAACCAGGUCCAACACUGGUGAAACAAAGCCAGCAGAAGUCAUCCUCUGAGAAGAGUCGCAGUAAGAAAGGCAAAGAGCCCAAACCCAGAGUGAAAAAGCUCAAGUACCACCAGUACGUUCCCCCAGACCAGAAACAAGAGGCCAGCGAAGCACCCAUGGACUCCUCCUAUGCCCGACUACUGCAGCAACAGCAGCUGUUCCUCCAGCUGCAGAUCCUCAGCCAGCAGCAGCAGCACUACAACUAUCAGACUAUAUUACCAGCACCACUCAAACCUGUGGCAGAGGGUCAGAGCAGCAGCGCCGGCAGUCUGCCAACCUCCAUCAUGGUGUCUUUGCCCAGUGCCCCCCCACCGCCCCCGCUGCCCUCGGCUCCAACUCGGCCAAACAACUCCCUGUCAAACCGCAAGCCAGGAGUUUUGCCUGCAAACCUGGAGGACAUGAAGGUGGCUGAGCUAAAACUGGAGCUAAAGCUGCGUGGCCUCCCUGUGUCAGGAACAAAGACCGAUCUGAUAGAGAGACUGAAGCCCUUCCAGGACACUCCCAGCACCUCUGCUCCUACCACUUUUCCACCACCUGCCAGCACCACCACCACCACCACCACCCUGUCCUCCAUCCCCAUGGAUAUCACCACCACUACCGGCCCUACCAUAGUCUUCCCAGCCCACCAGAGGGCUCCAGAGAGUGUGAGCUCCACCCCUCCGGUCUCACCCAUUCCCACUGAUCCCUUCACCCUCCAGCAGGAUGUGGGCAUGUCAGAAGCUCCAUCUGAACCACAGCUGGUGAGCUCUGGCUCAGCAGGGUCUUUUCCAGUACCGGAAAAGGACAGGAGGCUCCAUGAGAAGGAGCGGCAGAUAGUGGAGUUGAUGAAGAAGCUCGAGCAGGAGCAGAAGUUGGUGGAGGAGCUGAAGAUGCAGCUGCAGGUGGAGAAGAGAGGCCAGGGCACUGAUUCUGCAUCUGUAACCUCCAAACUCACGUCUGUACCCGCCAUGAACCCAGUCCCAACAGUCUUGAACUCAAACGUAGUAAAAAUGGAGGGAACAGUCAUGUCAAACUGUUCCUCCACUGCACCUACCAUCCCAAACUCUCUUCUGGGCUCUCAGGCUCUCACAGCCCCCCUGCCAACGGUGGUGAAGUUAGAGGAUGUGACCGUUUCAUCUGGUAAGCCGCUCCAGCUCCAGACCCAAACCCAGCUCAUCACCCAGAUCCAGCCCCAGGCUCGGCCACAAUUAGCUAAGAGCCCACAGCUUCUCUCCCAGUCCCAGAGAAGUCCCAAACUCCAGCCGCAGGCCCAACCCAACGCUCCCAGCCUGCAGCAGUUCUUCAUCAGCCAUCAUGGCGGAGUGUCCCAAGUGCUAGGACAACCUCAGACUCUACUGACCACAACUGGCCAGGCUGGAACUCAGAUCCUCCUCCCAGUUUCACUACCCAACAACGCCACUGCGAUCCAGCUGCCAAGCACCACAGUCAGCCUACAGCCUGUUCUCCAGGCCACGGUCUCAAAUCCAGGCCUGGUCCAGGCUUCUGUUCCUCAGCUGCAGAGCACUAAGAUGGAGACGACAAUCAGCCAGCCGAUAACCAACCACAACCCAAUGCUACAGACAUUGAAAAUGUGCAAUAAAACUACUGGUUUGGAAAACCAGGCAAGACCUGAGUUGAACCCCCAGUGUUUCCUGAAAGGUUCCCCAGAGAACAGGGUCUCUCCCCGGGCCUCACCCAACCACCACAUCUCCAACGGACCCCUCAAUAAGUCUCCUUCUCCGUCCCAGCCCACCUUCAUCCUCCAGCAGACCCCCCUCAUUACUCAGCCUCACAAGACAAAAGAGCCUCCACGCUAUGAGGAGGCUAUCAAACAGAGCCGCAACAUGCACAUCAACAACAUCUCACAGGUUCCCACGGCAACCAGCCAGCAAAUGGAUGAUUUGUUUGACAUUCUCAUAGAGAGUGGAGAAAUCACUCCAUUUAUCCAGCAGGACUCUCCAAUGUCUCUCACUAAAGCCCUCCCAGUCACAGCUAAUAUCACCACCCUGCCGGUCAGCACUGCCCUCUCCAGAAACCCUCCACAGAUCCAAAUAGCCCCUCCGCCUAUACUGAGCCCCGUUGUAGACCCCACCCUGCCCAGUCUCUCCUCCCUGGCCACAGACAACCAGCUGGAGGCCUUUCUGGAGGGGACACUGGCCAACACACCAUCAGCAUCAGACCCGCGCACCCAGGGCCUGAUGGAGGAGCUGCAGGCUCAGCUGAUGGACCAGCAGCCCUACUCCCCCAUGGACACAUCAGACCUGUCCUUCUGCGACUCCUCCUCUCCCCCCUCCUCGCUCAACAUGGGCCUGUCCGACCCGGGUCUGGACAACAUGGAGUGGCUGGACCUCACCAUGCCCCCGGGUUCUGGCGGAGCUCUCACACCGCUCGGGAUCCCAACGGACUUCCUGGAUACACACGACCUUCAGCUGCACUGGGACUGACGGAUAGAAAGAGGAGAAAAAAGGAAAAAAAGAUGGAGGAGAGUUGAAAGAGCUGCUGAGCUAGAAGUGAAAGAUGGAUGGAUGAAGGGAAGAAGAAAAAAGGGGGAGAAAAAGGCAUUUCUGUGCCAUAUAACUCACCACACAUCCAUACCAUCUGUAAUAUUCCCACUAUACCACAGUAAGAGACACUGUACAGACAGUGCACUGAUACAAGGUGAACUACAAGCAGGAGUUUGCACAGCUUUAAAAGAAUAACAUCAUGACAAAGGUGACCAAUAUCACCUGUAGUAUUUGUGACAAAGGGAUUUUAAACAGAUUAGACAAUUUGAGUGUCUGAUGUCAUGAUUUUUAAAGAUUUUGAGACGAGGAGACAGAGCCAAAUCACAGACUGUUUGUACAUACUGUUUAAACCCCACUAAUAUACAACUCAUCUUUCUCUGAGAGACUGAAUAGUAUUGACGGCUGACAUCGCCUCAUUAUUUCUAUCAGAAGUUUGACUGUGUGGCCGUCAGUGAAUACUGUGUAAGCACAGUAACUACAUAUGUAAAAGGUUCCUGAUUACUUCAGGUUCUAUUGAGGCACACUGAAAGCUGAUCAUCACAAAACAAUAACUGUAAAUGUAAAGUUCAGACCACAGAUUAAACCUACAUCUAACGUCUGAUUUAAAAAAAAAAAAACAAUUUAAAAAGGAGAUUAGUGUCAUUUGAGGCUUCAGAUGAGCUUUAAAAUAUUCCUGGGACAUAUCUGUGCAGCCUCAGCUGUUGACCACUUAACACGGAGAAGCUUAAAGCGCUUUGAGUUCAGGCGCUUCAGGCUGUCUGUCUGAGGCGACGGACACUCCAAAUCCAUCAGUUCCCUUAACCAGCCGAAGCCAAACACGCUCAGCCACUUGCUGAGUUUUAAAGGGAUUUUCUUUCUGAGAGGAAGUCAAGCUUCUGUUCACACUGGUCCAAGCCUACCACAAACUGUAGACGGCAUGUUCGCUGACUUAAUCUGAUGCGCUCUAUCAGGUGCGACUGUUUUUAAUUCUGAUCUAUCACGACCCCCACGCGGUCUUAGCUGACGAACCAAUGACUCUAAAAGAACAAAGACUGGACUCGAGUCGGGCGACGAGCUGAGAGGAAGCUCGUCCGACCGCUCACGAGAGAGAGAGACAGAGCUAUGCACUAGAGAGGUGGAGAGAUCUGACAAAUGCGCCACAUUCACCUCAAAAAACAAGGAAAUGUGAACUCUGCAUAUCCGAGGAAUCGAUCAAUGCGAUUGUGGCCAAUUGCUCCAGAAAUACUGCAGUUGUUGUCCAAGUCUCUUUUUAUUCUGAAUGUAUUUUGCAAAGAUCAAAAAAUAGAAAAUAGGACUUUACUUACAAAUGUUGGCAGCUUUUUUUUUUUUUUCCUCUCUUCUGAUCGUAAACUGACGUACAACAGUGGAAAGGGAACAAAUAGCAGUUUAUGAGACAUGCACACACACAUCCAGACUGUGUGUGUGUGUGCUGCAAGUUAUAUAGAGGAAUAAAGAUGUCUGUGGAGAAGGUGAGCUUUAUAUCUAACUGUCCGACAGUAUCCCUGCACUUUGUGUGUGUGUGUGUGUGUGUCAGGGUGGGAAACGACUGCAGCCCUAACUAAUGAAUGAACACUAUAGUUAUAUUAGCUGAGAAAUGAAGUCUACUCAUCUAGCCAUUAUAUCAAAUGAGGAAUCAGAAUAUUCUAAAGUAAUACCUGGCAGGUGAAGUAGUCUAACUGUAUCAGAGUUAGUCCCCUGACUGUGUGUGUGUGUAUAUGUGUGUGUGAGAGAGUGAACGAGAGCAAGCAAGCAUGUCUGUUUUUCUCUCUGUGUGCGACUGUGUGUGUCUUCCUGUCUUUUGCAUGUACGUGUGCGUCUCCGUGUGCAUGAUCGUACCCCGCGUUAAAUCUCAAGCUGUUUUUUGAGGUCUUUCUCUCAUCUGUCAAUCUCAAGAUGUCUGAAGAAAUUAGCUAAUAUCUAACGAAAAGAAAUCAUUUGCUAUUCCAAACGUUGCUCUUCAAAAAGGCUUCUGAUGACUGUUUUUAUCCGUGUUGUUCAGUUGGUGUCCUACAGUCAAAAAAACAACAAAAAACGCACAUGCACACUUUUUGAGGUGUGGUUCACAGUGAAGAGGGCUCAGCUCCUUUUUUUAAAGCUGUCAUCAAUUUGUGGAUGUUUGGUUUUUUUUUUACUACUCUGCAACAUCUUCCACUUGCUGUUUCUCCUUAAGCCUAAAUAUGAAGUUACUGAGUUUUUCCUCAGUAGAAAUAUUCUGUUAAGAUCCUUUAUAGGACUGAUACAGUUUUACUGUAUGGCACUUUGACCAGAAUAGCUUCUUUAAUUCUCUCUU